GGAGUAGCGCGCCCCGUCGUCUAGUGUGUGCUGCACUCGCCAAGUGCCUAGUUUUGUGCCUACGAGGCGUGUGCUUCUCCAGGUCCGGCUGCACUUUUGACAGACAGGCUCGGGAGAGAGAUCCACAGUGAGCGACAAUCAACCUGCGGGCUGCCACCGGCCAACUAGACGAUUCCGGUUUCCGGGUGUGAAGUGAUAACGUAGAACGUGAACAAGUGUCGCCGGGGGGUCAUCACCCCCGUCCCGGCCGGCCGGGGACGCUUUCGCAAUGAGCAGCACCAACGACUACAACUCGCGGAAGCGGUUCGCCUUCGACAUCGACAUGGAGGUGGAGGCCGAAACUGCUGCCAAGCUGAAGACAGUUCAGGGCAAUGAGUCACCGGCACCCCUCACCGGGCUCGGCAUUGGCGUUGCGGGCGUUGUCGGCGGUGGCGGGGUAGCCGGAGCGCUCGGUGGAGCGCUCAGCCUCAGCCAGGAGGACAUCGUCGGCGUGCUGCCGAACGAGAUCUCCGCCCCGUACGAGGUGCCCCAGUUCCCGAUCGAGCAGAUCGAAAAGAAGCUCCAGUUGCAGCGCCAGCUGAACGCCAAGGCGAUGGAGCAGGACCGGUACUCGACGGCGCCGGAAGUGCACGCGGACGAGCAGCUACCGUUCGACGAGCACGACUUCGUCGCCCACUUCCAGCGCGUGUCGAUCUCGGGCGAGGACACCAGCGGCGUGCCGCUCGAUGACCUGGAGCGGGCCUCCGCCCUGCUGGUGAAGGCGCUCGAGCUGCGCGAGAAGUACAUGCGCAACUCGCACCAGUCCUUCCCGCAGACCACCGCCCGCUUCCUCAAGUCGACGCACGCGUGCGGCAUCACGCACCAGGAGCGCAAAUCCAUCGCCGACCAUCCAGUCAACCCGCCGCAGAGCACACAGUCGCCGUGGGUGGUGGAGUUCCCGCCGGAUCUGGACCACACGGUACGGGCGGUGAACGGCGUGUUUGAGGUGUUCCCGUCCGCGGACGCCAGCGUGGAAUCGCUGCCGUAUCACUACCCGCGGCUCCCGGACUUCGUGCAGGAUAUGCAGAUGAUGUGCACGAUGAUCGCGGACGGGCCGCUGAAGUCGUUCUGUUACCGCCGGCUUAGCUACCUGUACUCGAAGUUCCAGCUGCACGUGCUGCUGAACGAGUUGCGCGAGCUCGCCUCGCAGAAAGCGGUACCGCACCGUGACUUCUACAAUAUACGCAAAGUCGACACGCACAUCCACGCGGCGAGCUGCAUGAACCAGAAGCAUUUGCUGCGCUUCAUCAAGAAGACACUGAAGAACUAUGCGGACGAGGUGGUGACGGUGACCAAGGGCACGCCGAUGACGCUCGCGCAGGUAUUUCAGUCAAUGAACCUGACCACCUACGACCUGACGGUCGACAUGCUGGACGUGCACGCGGACCGCAACACCUUUCACCGCUUCGACAAGUUCAACGCGAAGUACAAUCCGAUCGGUGAGUCGCGGCUGCGCGAGGUGUUCCUGAAGACGGACAACUACCUGAACGGGAAGUGUUUCGCCAACAUCAUCAAGGAGGUGGCGAGCGACUUCGAGGAAAGCAAGUACCAGAACGCGGAGCUGCGGCUCUCGAUCUACGGCAAGUCGCCGGACGAGUGGUUCAAGCUGGCGAAGUGGGCCAUCGACGGUGACGUCUACUCCGACAACAUACGCUGGCUGAUCCAGGUGCCGCGGCUAUACGAUAUCUUCAAGACGAACAAACUGAUGAGCUCGUUCCAGCAGAUCCUGGACAACGUGUUCAAGCCACUCUUCGAAGCGACAAACAACCCGAGCCAACACCCGGAGAUUCACACCUUCCUGCAGUACGUGAUCGGGUUUGACUCGGUCGACGACGAGUCGAAACCAGAGAACCCGCUGUUCGACGGCGACGUCACGCCGCCCGACCAGUGGACCGACGAGGAAAACCCACCGUACGCCUACUACAUCUACUACAUGUACGCCAACAUGGCGGUGCUGAACAAGUUCCGUGCGGCGCGCGGUCUCAAUACGUUCGUGCUCCGGCCGCACUGCGGCGAAGCCGGCCCCGUGCAGCACCUGGUGUGCGGGUACCUGAUGGCGGAGAACAUCUCGCACGGGCUGCUGCUGCGGAAGGUGCCGGUGCUCCAGUAUCUGUACUAUCUCGCGCAGAUCGGUAUCGCCAUGUCCCCGCUGUCUAACAACUCGCUGUUUCUCAACUACGACCGCAACCCGUUCCCGGAGUACCUGGCACGCGGUCUCGUCGUUUCGCUCUCGACCGACGACCCGCUGCAGUUCCACUACACGAAAGAACCCCUGAUGGAGGAGUACAGCAUUGCGGCCCAGGUGUGGAAGCUGAGCUCGUGCGAUAUGUGCGAGCUGGCGCGCAACAGCGUGCUAAUGUCCGGCUUUUCGCACAAGAUGAAGCAGCACUGGCUCGGGCCAAACUAUACGCGCGAGGGAGUCGCCGGGAACGAUAUCACGCGCACGAACGUGCCUGACAUACGCGUCGCCUUCCGCUACGAGUCGCUGCUAGACGAGCUCGCUAACAUCUUCAAGGUUAACAACGAGCAAAAGAUGCAGUACGCAUCACAGCAGUAGAUGCCCCGCACGGUGCGAGUGCAGCGCAACGGUCGCUAUUACCGCUGCUGUGGCUUCCUACUUUCUACCCGUUAUCAAUCUUCUAGACCUUCCGUUAUCGCGUUUCCGUGAACCUGUCGUAGUAACCGUUCCGUUCACUGUUCACGCAUCCCUUCACGGAGUGGUCGUUGUUGUUGUUACCCCGCCAAGCCGCCGAACCAGCCGUUCUCAGCUGCGGUUUCGUGCCGAGCGACGGAACCUUUUCGGACAGACGAACGAAAGCCAACCGUGCUUUGCCGGCAGUACCACAUGCCGAGCGGACUACCGUCAGACUCGAAGCCUGGCCUAGAGUGUAGUGAUCGAUGACCCUGCCGAUGACGUUCGUGUUUCGGAUUCGAGACCGUUGGCGUUCGGGUUUUCCUCAGGGCGACCAUUGCACAUGGUAGCUUACGCGAAUAACGACGACUCUUUUAAUUAGUCUCCCUUUUCGGAGAAACACCAUUUAUCAAACAAAAAAAACAAACACACUACUCACCAACAAAUCACGUUGGCAGACGCAUUCGUGUUAGAACCUUUAUUUCUGCAUGUUACAAUGUUUCGUACUACAUUCGUUUAGUCAUCCACUUCGACGCGGCUGUGGGCCAUUACUAAAUAGCAACGUACAUCUAAAAUACAUGAUUAUAUAUUGCGUCGCGGUA